UAUAAUAGAAACCACAAUCAAUCCAUCACAGGCGCUGGUCUCAAUAAUGAUGGCGUUUUCGCCAAUAUGACAGCCAAGCCACAAUCUAACGAGAGGUUGGUACCAAGGCAAAACGCUGAUGGUACUACUAUAGAAUAUGUCAGAGAGGAAUCAACUGAUAAAGAAGACGCCCCUCCUUCAUACAAUUUAGCUGCCUUAGACGCUACUCCACCUUAUUGGGAUACAACCGUAAUAGCACCCGCAUCUCCUUUUGAUACAGAUGAUCUCAUAGUCGAUGGUUUACCUGUCGGUAUCUUCUUCAGUUUCGCCUGGAACUUACUCAUCAGCAUGUCAUUCCAUUUCGUCGGCUUUUUACUCACUUACUUGUUGCAUACAACUCACGCGGCUAGACAUGGUAGUAGAGCUGGUUUGGGUAUCACUUUCAUUCAAUAUGGUUUCUAUUUACGCGCUAAACCAACUGACCAACCUGGUGAUCAAUCGAGCGAUAACGAAAAUUCAACUCCAACAGGUUUAUUCGGCCAAGCUAUGGGUAUCCCUUUUGGUAUGCCCCUCAAUCAAACCGACAACGCUGACCCUCAACCACCACCACCAGAUCAAUUAGAUCAACCACCAUCGCCCCCUCAAGAACAACUUCCACCAAUAGAUUUAGAUGCACUGGGUGCUGCUAAUGAUUGGUUGAGCUUUUUAUUGAUGGCGAUCGGUUGGUUCAUAUUAAUGAUAUCUGUAUUGAGUUACUGGAGGGUUGCCAGAUGG